GUCGUCCGCGAGGCGUCGGGGGCGUCGGGGGCGUCGGGACGCCGGGGCGUCAGUCAGUCGUUGCCCGCGUAAGGCUGGAUCCGCGCGUCCCUCCCGUUGCGGUCGGUUAUCGGUGCCCCGUGUCGAGUCGCGUUCGCGUGUUUCUGACAGCUAAAUAUCAGGCGGUCGAGGAGGAGAGAGCGUCGCGACGCCGAGACCCGGGAGCCUUGAGCUGACGAUAGGCUGAGCUCAUAGCUGGCGAAGUAAACGGUGCCAGUGUAAGGAAAAGUGCGGAGAGAGCCUCGUGGUCGCGAGUGCAAUCAAUAAGUGAGAGAAGACCGACCGACCGACGAGAGCGAAGAGAAGAGAAGAGAAGAGAAGAGACGAGACGAGAGGAGAGGAGAGGAGAGGAGAGGAGAGGAGAGGAGAGGAGAGCAAAGCAGAGCAGAGGAGAGGAGAAGAGAAGAGAGCUGCUCCUCCUCGGCGCUACAGCAUCCGCACGUUGAAUACGCCCGUCCUCGAGUUCACCGAGCACGGCCAGAUUAAAUGGGCGGCUGAAAAAUCUUCACAUUCCCCCGGACGAGAGUUGAACGUGCGCUGUAUGAAACUUUUCAAACUUCCAACAUUUCCCGGUGUCAAAAUGGCAUUUGGCCAAAAAGUUUGAGGAUCUCUGAGAUGACAGGGCCUCACUAGCAUGCUGGAUAAGCGGCGGCUCCACGCUCCAGGGUCGCCGCCAUGCACCCUUCUGUUUGUGGUCGCCCUCACGAUAACCGGAUGUUUAUCCUUCUGGUUACUGAACGGGUGUCCGGGUCCUCCGAUUCCGGUACCCAUCGUGGCUACGUCGCCAGCAUACGAGCUGAUACUGCCUCGAAACACAUCGGCACCAGCCAGGCCCUAUUCCCUUGCCGAGCUGCCGUCCGAUGACGAAACGAGCUUGAUUGAUCUAAGGAACUUCCGGUUCCUCAUCAACCAUGAUCCGUGCAACAAGACCCAGCCCCUCUUGCUGAUGCUCAUACAUUCUGCCCCGGCCAACCUCCCCAAGAGAAUGGUGAUCCGCGAAACCUGGGGACAAAAGCGAUUCGGGGCCGUGGUGCUUUUCCUCGUCGGCACCAUGCCUGGUAUGCAAGGGAAAAUCGAGGAGGAGGAUAGGAUCUACGGGGACAUUGUUCAGGGGAAUUUUCAGGACGCCUAUAGGAACAUGACCUACAAACACGUGAUGGCGCUAAAGUGGGCCGCUUAUCACUGUCCAGGUGCCAAAUACGUGCUGAAGCUUGACGACGACGUCUUCGUUCACACCCCGGCGCUACUGGAGUUCCUGGCCCACGAUCUGUCGCCGUGGGGCGCGAGGCGGCUGAUCCUCUGCAACUCGAUGGCGAUGGCUAUGGUGAAGCGUUCCUGGCGAUCUAAGUGGAGAGUCUCGCCGCUCGAGUAUCCCGGGAAAACUUAUCCCGUGUACUGCGCCGGUUGGGCGAUAAUGUACUCGCCGGACAGCGUAUUUCUACUCUACAGGGAGGCGCAGAAGAGCUCCUACUUCUGGAUAGACGACGUCCACAUAACCGGUACCCUGGCGAAGAAGAUCAACCUGACCCACACGCCGUUGAACUCGCUGAUUCUGACUCAGGAGAGGAUGCAGGCCUUCAUCGACACCCCGUAUUCACCGGGUGAUUUUCUCUUCGGUCCGGCGAACAUGGCCGAGGGUGACAUCAGGGCGCUUUGGAAGGCCGUGGCCUUGACUCUGGCCUAGUUAGACGUGCCGGGCUGCCGGUGCGGCAGCCAAAAACUUUGCCAAAAUAUAAGCGGAAAUUGAUGUAUAUAUAUUCUGUAUGUUAUUGAUAUACGAAUUUCGUUCGCGCGCGAUGUCUGCUUCGAUUCGUUGGCAUCUGUAAAUCGUUUUUGGGAAAUAUGCGCAGGUUGUUAAUUCGCUGAAACGUUUUUUAAAAUUACAACCCGCAGAUGGUUUCUAUGUGAGAGUCUUUCAAGCGAUCGAAUCGGGUCUGCUGGUUAUUGAAAUCUUACUCCGUAACGGACACGAAUAUCCGCGGGCUAGUUUCUCGGACCUAUGGAAAUGAAAAGGUAAACACGGGGUGGGAGAUUCGAUAGUUGAUUAACAUCUUAUCGUCGAAUCAUCAUCGGUGUUCGGUACUUGUGUAGGUAAUUAAAGUUUAUCACAAUUCAGAUAAAAUGGUAAGGCGUGUAGCCGGUAUCUGCGAUCGAGCAAUUACCUCGUUUCUAAUUAAAGGAAGGAAGGAAAGAUAGAAAGAGUUACUAGCUUCCCGGCCCCCUAUCGCUAGUAUAAUUACCCGUUAUUAGCUAAUUACGUUUUUUCUGUUCAAUUCGUAGUAUUACCACCAUCUACCGUUGAAGCGUCGUGAAAUUUUUCACCAAUCAACAAGUUCGAGUAGAACGUACGGUGCGCUCGAGGUGGGCUAAUUUCGCGGUAUCAUAAUCAAACGCAUUACGUACAACCGUUGUGUGAACAUAGUUGAAACUCGGAAAAAAACUUUUUUUGAAAAGUCUGAGCCAGGAAGAAUAAUUGUUCUGAGACGUGUAUGAAAGAUUGAAGUAACAUCGCGUCACUUGCGAGUAGAUCUUGUCACUCAAGGCACCAAAAACAACUUUGCCCUGUCUCUUGGUGCACAGUCCCUUCGUGCAAGCCGUUGUACGAGUGCAAAUUGACACGUCUCCAGGUAUAUUUGAGCCUUAUCGUUGGUCAACGACCAGCAUUCCCUCGGCAGUAAGACAAAUCCAUUAAUUGGUUUUUCGGUAUAAUUAUAUUUUCUUAGUACAUGUUAUCCUUAGACGACGGCACGGACUGACGAUACCUACGGUCGGCACAGGCCGAUGCGAUGUCGUGGCUCGCCUUUCGAGUUUCUUGAAGAACGUAAAUAAUCACCGCCUUAAGCCUACUGUGCAUGUAUAAUAUGCAUACACUUACAUGUAUGUUUUAUCGUAGCUCCGAGGUGACUGGGUAAGGAAGAGUGAAUUUUUUUCCCCUAAAUUAAGACCCAUUCAAUUUAAUCGAUAUAAUUUAUAACCUCGAUAGGAUCAUAUAGAAGAAUGCAUAAAUUAUGUCGCCUGACAAAUUGUUAUUUCUGGUGAAGCGUCGAACGGCCACACGUCACGUGUGUCAUCGUAAGGUUAUUACUAGUGAAAUUGUACGUUCGAUGGAAAUAUUAUUGCCUGCAGAGGAGAGACCAACGUAUAGAUAAUCAAAUUAAACUAACGAAUUUUCUUGCUUGAUAAAAUUUAAAAAAACAAUUAAAAUAAAAAUAGAAAUAAAAAAUGAGCACGCGAAUAAUAAGUGAGAAUUAAUCAAUUCGAUACCUAUAAUUUUCAACUGCAGGGCAAAUCGAUCCACGCUGUUGCGACUAUCGGCACAAUUACCCAACUGUAAUAUUUAUACCGCAUAUGGAUUAUACCGCGUGAUAAUUCGUAUAGUAGCUAGAUGAUGUUCGAUCUUAUACAUAUAAUAGACAAACCAUCGUGCGGGCGUUUGAAGAUUAAACAACUGAAAGUUUUAAUUCAGGGAGCUUAUUAAUCAGGCGACCAAUAAUAAAUCAAGUACCUUAUCUGUGUAAUGUGUUGUCGUAUGUAUGUACCGCGUAAGUUUAAAUUACUACGAAUAUUACAUAUGUAUGUGUGUGUGUGUAUAUAUAUGUACAUAUACAUGAUAUAUAUAUAUACAUAUCCAUGUAUGUAUAUACAUGUAUACCGAACUGUAUAUGUAUAUUACAUAAAACUACGUGACAAGUAUUUGGAAUCGCGAGGUUACAGUCGCGAUCGACCGCAGACGCGCCUAAAAAGUCUAGAUUGUUAGAAUAACGGAUCAAAAGGCUGUUAGGAAAAAAAAAAAAAGAAUAAAAAUUUCUAGGGAAGAAAGUAAUGUGCGUUUUACGCGAAUUGGAAACUUCGCAAAGAGUUUAGGAUAGUGAUUUAGAUAUGGAAAUAAAUUACAAAAAAUUAUCUUACGAUUUUUUCAACUCUGAUAUUAGCUUAUACAUAUAUAACGAACGUGACGAUUUUUAGUCACGGAUUCGGAGUAACUCUAUGACAUGUGUACGCUGAUUUUUAUUGCCGUACGUGAGACUGUUAUUAUUCGUUAUCUUUUUCUUUACGUGCUUUACUUUUAUUUCUUUAUGUUAAUAUUAUCUGCGGUGAUAAUUUUAAAUACUUCGAGUUUCGUUGAAGCACGUUGUAUCCACCUACGUCCGCAUAAUACUCAACCCGAGUGGUUCUUUCUUAAUGAAAUCAUAAUAUACACGCGCGGCGUAUGUUCGUACUCAUGUAUUACGAUAGACUGAAUACUGUACCGAGAAUCUCGAAUCAUGAAAAUAAUGUUUUCCACCCACGCGAAUCUUGGACCUGCUCUUGUGGAAAUUCACCUUUACAGUCUGUCUGCAGGCGCCAAGAGGGUUGGGGAGUUGCCAAGAGAACAUUUGGUUUCAGCCAGGCUAGCCUCUUUGAUGGCUGCGUAGAAUCGAUGGAGACAGGCAAAGGUCGGAGAAAAUAGCGGACUGUCUGAAGUAAGGCGAAAGAAUUUUUGAAUGACGAAACUUUGCGAGUAGUACGCUCCUUGAGUAUCCGCGAUACCAAGGCGCGAAUUUUCACGUAUCUUGCCGAGUACUCGUCGGGCUGUAAAUCGUGUGGAAAAGGAGCGCCUCAUGAGAACGUCUAAGAGGAGCUGGGGAGAUGUUGUUGGAUACGAAAUGGAUUUCUCUCUGACCUUUCGAGCGAAACUUUUUCCUCCUCGUCGUUACAUUCGCGUGGGUGUUUGUCUCCGUGGGGGAGAAUUUGUUGUUCUUCUUUUUUCUUUUUUAUUUUCCUCUCGGUUCGCCUGCUCGAAAGGAUAUAUAUUUUUUUAUUGCUUACUCGAAAUUUUAUAAAUACGCUCGAAGACUAAUCUGAUACUCAAAGUUUAUUUUCAAUUGAGUAUAUAAUCAUGUAGUGUAUGCAUAAAAGUCCGAUCAAUACUUUCGUUCGAGGAGGGUGAAGGAUUUUUUACUGGCCGGAGAACGGAACUGCGUGAAAAAAGGUCGAGCCAUGCCUGCAUAUAAGCGGUGGAGGAUGAAAUUAUGGAAAAAUGAUAUUCGAAAUCUAUGUAAAUACCGCGGAGAUCCGAAUAUUCAGCUGUACUGCAGCUGCGCAAAUAAUAUGUGUAUCAUGGAAUUUCGUAUUUGACGACACACUUGACGUAGUCAUUGUUGAAUGAAUUUAAAACUGAGGAAAGAUAUGACGUAGGUACUUAGAUAAAUAUACAAUUAUGUAAAUCUAGAAGAGAAGAAAGAAAAGAAAAAAAAAAAGAAAAAAAGAAAACGAUUAAUGACCUAAUGAACAAACGUGAUUAUGCAAUUAUUGUUCGUAAACAGAAGAAUA